AUGGGGCCUUGGAGUCGAGUCAGGGUGGCCAAAUGCCAGAUGCUGGUCACCAGCCUCUUUGUCUUGCUACUGGGCCUCGCUAUGGCCACCACGGCAGUGCUCACCUACUUCGGACCCCACUUUGCUGUCAUCGGCCACGCGUCCUCAGAGAGGACCCCCUACGAAGUUUUGCACCUCUGGGCCUUCUCUGCAGGGAUCAUCCUGGCCGGGCUCCUGACCCUGGGGGCUGUGCUGAGUGCUGCAGCCACUGUGAGAGAGGCGGGGGGCCUCAUGGCUGGGGCCUUCCUGUGCUUUGCCCUGGUGUUCUGCGCCCUGGUACAGGUAGCCUUCUGGAGAUUCCACAACCCCACGCAGGUGGAGGACGCCGUGUUGGACGCCUACGAUCAGGUGUACGAGCAGGCGGUGAAGAGCUCGUCGGGAAUGUGGCGGCAGGAGCUGGUGGCCAUCCAGGACAUGUUUCAGUGCUGUGGUAAGAGCCCCCCCCUCGGCCUCCCGGAGGGCUCGGAGGCUGACCUGUGUCGGGGGCAGGAGGCCGCCAGACAGGACUGCCUGCAGGGGAUCAGGAGCUUCCUGAGGUUGCACAGGAACGUCGUCUCCGCCCUGAUCAGCCUCGGCCUCGCCUCCACGGUGUACGCGACGCUGCUCAGUGCCUUCCUCUGGUCUGCCAUCCGCUCGGGCAAAUACACCCUGAGCCCACGGGCCCGUGGCUGCCAGCCCCAGGAGCCCUGCUUCUACAGACGCUGCCAGGAGGGGCCCGCCCCUCAUCACCCUGGCCGCGAGGCUGUGACCGACCUUCGGGCUUCCCCGCUCCUCCACCCCGUCCACAUCCUCCCAUGGGUCCGAGCGCUUCUCCUGCUGGGAGCCCAGGUCAGGUGCCCGAAGGUCCCAGGUUCUGGAGGUGACAUCCUCACGGUGCCAUUUUCCGUGUUCCUCUCUCCCCUGUUUUUCCUGCAGCUGGAGGUCAGCACUAAAGGCUUGGUUGUAUGGCAGCUGCACCACUUUGGCAGGAACCCUGCACAGAAUGGGUUCUUGCAGACUCUCCAGGAGCUGCAGGCGGACGGUGCUCAGAGGCUCUGCUUGGCUUCCAUCCCAGGGCAGCCAGGCCUCUUCCUUCCCCGUCUGGUGUGUGCCGGCCGCUCAGGCUUUCAGCGCUGGGCACUAACCCCCCAGGGCUUCAGGGUUCCCACCCCCGCGUCCAAGGCCAAGUCCCUUCCAGGCUGCCAGGACCCAGGUUCAGAGACGCUGGAGGGGGGCUGGGAGGAUCGGGUGGCACAAAAGAACAGCUACCGGGCUGCUCAGGAUCAGAACCCGGGAUUUGCCGGCUGCUGCCUCCGUCCCAGCCUCAGCCCCAGAGCUGGAGGCUCCAGUAAAGCCGGGGCUGGGGCCCCGCAGGGCCCCCCGGGUUGCCCGGUGUCCAAGUGUCGGCAGCCUCUGUCUGGGCCGUGGAGCUCACUCUCAGGUCCACCACCUGCGGCCCGGCCCAGCCUGGUUGGGCCUGGGGGUCCCUUCACAGCCUCCCACUGA